UCCCUUUUCAGCUCCCACUAAUGAGACCUAACUCCGUUAUAACAGUUACAAAUAAAAGUCAUAAGUCUCAAAUCCAAACAAACGUCGUUAGUACAUAAAAACAGCAUUGGGUGCGCUUGACCACUGACAACACGAAGAAGAACAACAAGACUUACACAAACCCGAAAAUGACGACUUUUAAAUAGUUUCAUCAUUUUUCUCUCAAACAAGCUUUGUUCUUUUGAUUUCCAAUUCAAUAGCAGGUGGUAAGAUUAAGUUUUCUCAUUAAAUAAUUGAGUUAUCAUGGGAUCAGUUUGUUGUGUUGCUGCAAAGGAUCAAACUAUUUCCACUAGAACUGGAGGUGAGAGUUUUCACAGAAAUCCUACAUGUUCACCGUCAUUGAGUUUUCAAUGGGAUAGAUGGAGCCGCGUCGCUGGUGAAAUUGAUGAUCUUUCGUUUCUCACGUCUCGGAGAGUCAGCAGAAGUGUCAGCAUGGAGUUAAAGGGGUCUUUAAGUUCUGAAAGAGGCAAUUUAUCUGAUGUGGGGAGCACUCUGGAGAACUCUGUAACACCCAUGUCUCAGAAGUCCCCGAUUCACGAGCAAUUGGGUGCGAGUCAGAUGACUCUAUCUUCAGAUCUAUCCAUGUCAAGUAAUUGUUCUACAGCGGUGAAGAAUCUGACAGAAUCACCAGAGAUUGCAGAAUCUUCAGUACCAAAUCUUUCUUUUUCAAUACCAUCUUCUUUCUCAACACCUAUAACUCGUAAUCUAAAUCAUCACAAUCUUCCUAGUUCAACACCAUCUAGAUGGGCUCAUCGAUCUCCAGGACACCCGCUGCUGAGACAAAUUUCUGAUAGUAGAAUCCUGGGUUUGAAAUCGCCCGACAAUUCAAUUUCUGAGGGAAGACCAUCGUUUGUACUGUCCACUUGCAGCAAUGACAUGAUAACUGGAUCCCAAUGCGGUUCAUCUGAUGGCUGGUCCAUGCGCACGUUUUCUGAACUGGUGGCAUCAUCUCAAAAGGAAAGGUGGUCAUUCGACAGCGAGCAUUUAGGUUCAGGUCGCCACAAGAUAAGUGGAACUAGUAGUAGGUUCUCGUAUUCUCCCUCCAUGGAUAUACAAUCUUGCGGGGCCUGCUCGAAGCUCUUGACCGAGAGAACUGCAUGGAGCAGCCAGAAAUUUGUUUCCAACAACGACCUCUCGGUUGUUGCUGUACUUGUCUGUGGUCAUGCGUAUCAUGCGGAAUGCUUGGAGACCAUGACAUCAGAAGCAGAUAGUUAUGAUCCAGCUUGUCCAAUUUGCAUGGUUGGAGAAAAGCACGUGUCGAUGUUGUCCAGAAAAAGUCUCAAGGCUGAAUCAGAAAUGAAGGGCAAGAGCUACAAGAUAUCCAGAAACCGUGUUGUUGAUAGCUACUUUGAUGGUGGGUUAGAUGUUUUUAAUCGGCAAAAAGAUGUCGUUUCGAAAUUGGAGCCUAGCUCAAGUUCAAGGAGUUCAUUAAGAAAACCCUUCUUGAGGCGGCAUUUCUCACUGGGAUCGAAGUGGAAUCGAUCCCAGUCCGAGAAUGAUUCUGCCAGGAAGAAGGGUUUUUGGGCGAGAUAUCGCAAAGAUUGAGCUUCGUUAUAACCAUAGCUGUUAGUUGCUGCAGGUCUCUAAUUAUAUUUGUAGGAUUUACUAUUUGUAUGUUGACCAGCUUUACUAAUAAUUAUAGAUUUAUUUUCAUUAAAUUUUGUGUACUCGUGUACGAAUGCAUGAUCGCUUGUAUUGUCACUUGUUACAUUUGAAUCACAUUGCUUCAAACUCUAAGGAGAUUCUGAAUGUGAAAAACUAAUGAUACCGUGAUGAUCAUGUUAUGUA